CUAGCUCAACCAGUUGCGAUCCCCACCCGUGCCAGCUAAGGUAACUUACUCACAUACAGAAGGCACCUGAAUCGACAAACGUGCCUUGCAGGUACCUCGGAUUAAGCUAGGUACCUUAGUACGCUGGGCCUGGCGCAACGACACCGGGCAGCAUCGCGUCUGAAAGCUUCUUGAUCAUCCCAAGCACACGCCUUUUACCAUUGCUGCAAAUUCACCCACUGAACAGCGCAACCUACCCACCAGUCACCCAAAAACUUUUUCGAAACCAAUCCGAGAAAAUGUCGGAUGUGAACGAGUUGUUCAAAUCCGGCAGUGCUGCGAAGAGGAAGCUUGAUGCUUCGACAUGCAAGCGCAGUAGACGCGGAAAGAGACGAUAGCGAUUUCACUGCCGGUCUGCAAAACCCACCCGAAGAUGGCGAAGACGGAGACUAUGGCCCAGAGAUGCCACCAGACGACGACGAUGAGGGACGAUUCUUUGGCGGGGGUAUCACAAAGCAGGAGUCUGAGAUCCUCGACUUCGUAGAUGGCCAUGGCGAGGAAUCAUCCGCUCCUGAAAAGAUCGAUGCUGGCUGGGUACGAAAAACGGCCCUAAACUUUGAGAAGCGCAUCACGCGAAAUGCUGAGCUGCGCGCAAGGUUCGCCGACGAGCCUCACAAGUUUAUUGAGAGCGAGGCCGAUCUCGACGCUGCCAUAAAAGACCUCUCGAUCCUGUCCGAGCACCCCGAAUUAUAUCCCCAAUUCGCCAAGUUGGGAUGCGUUGAGAGCCUCGUCGGUUUGCUGGCCCAUGACAACACAGAUAUUGCGAUUGAUGCGGUGGAAAUCAUCGGCGAGCUCAUUGACGAGGACGUCAAUGCAGCGGAUCAGGAUUGGGAUACUCUAGUGGAUGCGUUAUUGACUGCAGACCUCAUCGGCUUGCUAGUGUCCAACUUCUCGCGUCUGAACGAAGAGGAUGAGUCCGACCGUGGUGGUAUAUAUCACGCUCUUGGAAACACCACGCUGGUCAAAUGGCUACUUGACAGGGCGCAGCGCCAAGAGACACCCGUGUCCCAAAACAAGCAAUAUGCUACGGAAAUUCUCGACAUCAUUGCGAACGCAUCGCCAGCAACAAGACGGACACUCACCGAGAUGGAUGCCGUCGAGGUUCUACUCCAGCUGGUCUCUGCGUAUCGUAAACGUGACCCCGAAAAGGGGGGCGAGGAGGAAGAGUAUAUGGAGAACCUCUUCAACGCCCUCGUCUGCAUUGUGGAUGAGCCAGAAGGCAAGGCCAAGUUCCUCGAAGCCGAGGGCGUCGAAUUAUGCCUGAUCAUGCUCAAGGAGGCUAAGAUGAGCAAGCAACCGGCAAUGCGUCUACUUGUACACAGCGUCGACGAGGAUAUGAGUGGGCAACUAUGCCGAAAAUUAGUAGACGCUGGUGGGCUGAAAGUGCUCUUCUCCAUUUUCAAGAAGAUGAGCAAAACCCAGAGGCAGAUGGCAGAAAGCCUGUUUGAUGUAUUCAGGUCCUUGCUACGAUUCUUGCCCGCCGACUCUGCCGAGAGAAUCAGGACAUUAGCUAAAUUUGUGGAGAAGGACUACGAAAAGCUCGAUCGGCUCUACGAGUGUCGGAGGAGGUAUAGUUCCAUGUUGGAUGCACAACAGGAAAAGAUUCAGCAAGAGCGAAUUGGCAUGAGCAACGAGGAAAUUGAGCUCUCGGAAGGCGAGUGGUUCAUGAGGAGGAUCGAGGAAGGCCUUUACAGCUUCUGGAACAUCGAUGUUGUCCUGGCCUGGCUCAUAGCCGAAGAUUCUGGUGCUAGAAGGAAGGUGCAGAAGCUUUUGGCUGAUGAAGGGAAGGGUCUAUCAGCCAUCAAAGCGACGUUGGAAGAAUACCGAUCUGACCUCAACCUGGAAAAGCCCGAGCACAAGGAUCUCUCCGAUAUGCUCACCACUCUCGUGGACUUUUUAGUUUAAGAGAAAGAAGUUAAAGACGAAAAAGAGGGAGAAGUAGAAAAAGGGAAGGAUAGGCUAGCAAAAUACAAUUUUACCACAGCUACCUGAUCUAUGUAGGUGCGAUUCUCCAAAGUUCCGGUCACA